AUGUCGAUGACAAAUGUCGUUGUAGAUGUUCCCGGUGCAGGCCUUAGGUUUAUUGAGAGUGAGGGUAGGGUUAUCCGAGGAGAAGACAUCCUUGAACAAGAGCUGGCCAUCGAAGCUGAUAAAAGAUGCCUGAAUCUGUUCAAUUUAUUUGAAUCAAAAUCACUGAUUUGCAACAAAGCUAGAGUAAUUUCACAACUCAAAUGCAUGAUUCACUCUCAUAGUAGGAAUGAGCUGGUUAAAAUCAAGGACGAACCGGCAAAAGAAAGGGAUGAAAUGCUCUCUGAAAUUGCCAAGCUUAAAGAAGAUAUUCAAGUGCGAAGUUAUGAAGCGCAGCGAGAAGCAAGGAUAAGGGAGAAUAUCGAGAGGGGAUUGAGAGAAGCAAAGCUUGAUUUAGAAAAUAGAAAUGCCUUGGAGGCACUGAAUGAAAAAGCCAUGAAGGAUACAGACAUGUUGAAGGCUCACCUUACCAAGGUGCAGCAAGAUUUUGAUCAGCAACGUCUUAGCUAUGAUCGGCUGGCCACAGAAAACGCGCAAAAAGCUGCUCAGUUGAAGGCAAAAGAAGACGAGAUUAAUGGGCUGAAACAGGACACCGAGCGUUUGACAAAAAUGGGAGAAGCUAUCCAGAGGAAGCUGAAAACCAUUGAGGAUCAGAAGAUGGAAGUUGAGCAGCAGAAAGAAACUCUGAAAGGACAAGUAACUGGAUUGGAAAGAGAUCCAUUUCCUGACACAGACAAUGAGAAAGGCUGCCAUUCCAAAGUAACGACUUGCGAUGCAGAAAGCCAGACAACCCUCACAAUGGAAGAUAUGGAGAAGCAGGCACAAUUUAUGCAGCAAUGUACUUUGGAACUCAACCAGUUGAGGUUGCAAUUAGUGAAUGUUCAGAUUUCUGAACAGGCAUUUGUUGAAAAUAGUGACAAAACCAAGUUUUACACUGGUAUUGCCAAUUUUGUUUUGUUAAAUCAUGUCUUUAAUUUAGUUGCUAAACAUGUCAAGCAUACAUCUACAAAUGCUCUCCCACAGUUUCUAGAGUUUAUUAUCACGUUAAUGAAGAUUAAGUUGAACUGUCCGUUUCAAGACCUAGCAUACCGAUUUGGGAUUUCUGUUUCAACCGUAAGCAGGAUAUUUGAUAGGUGGAUUGAUGUCAUGAGUACACGCUUGCAAUUUCUGAUACUCUGGCCACAGAGAGAAGAGCUAAUGAAAACAAUGCCAUUAGUCUUCAAACAGAACUUUGGAAAUAAAGUAGCUGUAAUAAUUGAUUGCUUUGAGGUGUAUAUAGAGAGGCCAUCAAGCUUGAUUGCUCGAGCAAUGACAUGGUCAAAUUAUAAACACCACAAUACAGUUAAAUUCCUAAUUGGAAUCACCCCUCAAGGAGUCAUAUUCUUUAUAUCUAAGGCAUGGGGGGGAAGGGUAAGUGACAAACAUGUUACUGAAAGCAGUGGUGUGCUAAGAAAGCUGCUACCAGGGGACAUUGUUUUAGCUGAUAGGGGUUUUGACAUUGCAGACAGUGUUGGAUAUUACCAGGCUAAACUUUACAUACCAGCCUUCACUAAGGGUAAAAAGCAAUUGUCUGCACAGGAGGUGGAAGAAACAAGAAAAAUUGUGAAUGUAAGAAUCCAUGUAGAGCGUGUAAUCGGUCUAGUUCGCAGAAAGUUUGUAAUCCUGCAAAGCAUAUUACCCACAGAGUUGGUGAAGGCAAAACCAGGUGAGCGUCUAGCUCCUAUUGACAAAAUUGCCAUAGUGUGCUGUGCAUUAACCAAUUUAUCAGAGUCCAUUGUACCAUUUGGUUGA